AUGAAGGAGAUUGAUCCUAGUUGUGAACCGGCAUUACAGGCCACAAUUCCUUCAAUUGUUAAACGUCCAUCUCAUUAUAACCCUCCAUCAAAUUAUAAUCCUGAGAGAAAUAGGUAUUCUCAUUCUUACACUCAUCCUAGCUAUUCACCCCCACCUCAACAACAUUCUUACACUCAUCCUAGCUAUUCACCCCCACCUCAACAACAUUCUUACACUCAUCCUAGCUAUUCACCCCCACCUCAACAACAUUCUUACACUCAUCCUAGCUAUUCACCCCCACCUCAACAACAUAAUAGAUAUUUCCACGAAACACCACCUUUUGCUCAAAAUUUCACCCAAUCCAUACCAUAUGAGAGACCAUCUUGUGAGUAUCAUCCUCCGGUCAAUGAUGAAAUCAAAAUCUUGAAAGACAAAUUAGAAAUGUUCAUCCAAAUGGCCAAGGAGGAUACUAUCAAAUUAAGAGAUGAAAUCAGAAGCGAAAUGAAGAAGAAUCUUGUUACUCUUCGCAAGGAAGGACUUUCACUGGACGAAAUUGAGGCUAAGAUGCUAUCGAUGUCGGAAGAGCUCAUGAAGAGAAUGCUACCAAUGGAUCACCCGACAAUGGAAACCGACCAACAGGAGAGUGACAAGAUGGACAAAAUGAUUGACGAUGAAGAGGUGUGUGUAAAAGAAUCCACAGAACUUGACACCCCGGUGCUCCAAGAAGUUUCGAUUCCUGAGUUGAACACGCAACAAUGGGGAGAGAUUGAGAGUAUGGAGUAG